AUGGAAGAAUUUCGCCGCGAUUUAAACGGCAUUUGCCGCUUAUGUUUGAGUGAGGAUGAAAAUAUUCUUUUUCCUGCCACUAAGUUCAUCGAUUCUACACUGACCAUCGACGAUAUAGAGUAUAUCACGGGAAUACGGGUUAUUACAAAGGAAAAUAGACCCUAUGCCGUGUGCAUCGAUUGUAAGAACAAAUUGCGAAUGUUCAACGCUUUCAGAUCGUUCUGUUUGAAUAACGAUGUUAAGUUUAGAGAACGAUUUGCGAAUGCUGCAGAAGCGGUAGCAGGUUCUGUAAAAUCAAAUUUUACCAAAGAUCAUCCUGGUAGUGCAAGUCCCAGCGUCAUCAUCGUCGAAAACAAUAUGAUAGAUGAAGUGAUUCAAAUUGAAGAAAACUCAAUCAAUGAAACUGAAAAAACAAUACGAAGCUAUGUCGACUUGCAUGCAGGUUCAUAUGAUUCCAUAACGCAUUUUGAUACGCAUAUAGAACCCCCAAAUGGGAAUGAAACUUCACCACAAGCUCUGGCACAGCCAGAAGAACGGAAAAGUCUAAUUUCGACAACUGUUAGCAAUGGCACUACUGCCGAAGUUCCAAAUACCGUAGUAAGCCUUGCCAAGGAACUUUGUACGCUUUGUGGUAAAUUAGUAAAGUCGGCAGAUAAGCAUAUGCUAACACAUUCGGCUGAUCUAAAUUUUACUUGCGAGUUCUGUCAGAAGAAAUAUGGCAGCAAAGCGUACCUAAAGCAUCACGUGAUUGCUGUACACAUGAAAAGAAUCGUAAGGACUUGUGAACCAUGCAACAUAGGGUUUCGAUACAUUGACUCUUACUCCGCUCAUUUGCGUGCAAAACACAACUUCGGAGUGCCAUUUGAAUGUAAAAUAUGCAAUCAGAAAUUUCGCCAUCGAGGUGGGCUAAGAAAUCACAGUAAUCGAAAGCAUAACUUUGCGAGCAACUGCCAAUGUCCGAUUUGCGGAAUGAUAUUAGAAGACAAGAAGCGUCUAAAGGAUCAUAGCAGAGUACAUUCGGACGAGCAACCGUUUGUCUGCAAGUAUUGCCCAAAACGAUUCAAAGGUCCUUCGGCUCGCAAGUCACAUCAAUUGAUUCACGAGGGUGUUAAGUUUCCUUGCACGGUCUGUGAUAAAAUUUACGCCUACAAAGCUUUACUGAAUGCGCACAUGAGGAAGGCACAUGUAACGGAAGAUUCGGCAAAUCCGGAUGAUUCCUGA